CCGACGUCUGCACAAAGUGGAAGAGAUGUGAGCAUCUGGUAGGGUGAGAAAUACAGCAUCAUCGUUCCACCUGAUCAGCAAGUGGGAAAAUAGUAAGGUCACUUUGUCAGGUAUCAACCCAUCAAACAUUUCUUGAGUGCAAUCUUUUCUAUCCUUAUAUAGAUUCAACAUUUACCAGCAACAACUCAUCCACCAUUCAAAUUCCCCAUUUUCUUUUCCAUUAUACAAUGAAGUUCUCUCUCGCGACCGUUGCCUUCGUCGCAGCUUCUCUCGCCGCCUCGCUCCCACCUUCCUUUACUCUCGUCGCGGAGGGCGGCAACACCCUCCUGACAGACGGUAACCACGCACUGAUUGCCCCCGAUCUCGCGAAUAAUCUUCCCAUCCUUAUCCUCCGCGGAAUUGGCGACCAGAUCAUCUACAUAAGCGAAGAUGCACCUCCCUUUACCUGGCAGAAUCUAUACGUGGUGGAGGGCGACGUUGAGCCAAUCGGGCUGACAAACCCCUAUUCUGGUGCCAUGCCGGCCAAUGCGAGCAUCUCUAGAUUUGGGGUCAAUGAACAGGGAUACCUCACACAUAAAGGGGAUACGGAGUUUGGGACUCUGGCUGCUACGGGAGAUGACAAGCCUAUUUGGUGGUUGGGGUAUAGCAAUGGGCGGUUUGAGGGAGUGCCAUUGUGGGUGAAGGAGUUCAGGAUGUAGGCUGCGUCAUGGACUGUGGUAUAUUGGCAUUUGGGGGCAAUUAUUUCUUCGCUGUGGUGGAACAUGUGUAAUCUUUGGUUGUUUAUGGGGUAGUGGUUCACAAGCAAGGUCUGAAGAUAUAUAUGUGGUUCACUUGCGAUAUUUAGGACUAAGUGGGUACUUGGUCUCGGUAUCGAUCAUGCUCUGUCACUGAGCAAACAGAGACAACACAAUACAUAAACGACCAGGUCGUAUUAUACAAUAUCAGAAGGGAUUUGGUUGCAAAAAAAGACAAGGAAAUUGAUUGUCUGGAGCUGGA